AUGGCAUCAAACUUUUUAUUAGAUGGAGCCUCAACAUUUGAUCCAUUCAGUAUAGAAUUUCCAAUUAAUAGAUUCAAUGAUAAUCCUGCUUUUUUUAUACCACCAAUAAAAUAUACAAUAUGCUUACCACAAAAAGACCACUAUAUAGUCGAAAGACAACUCAAUUUAGAGCAAAAGCAAUAUGUUUAUAAUUUUGACCAUAACGUUAAAGUCGAAGGAUUAAAAGACCCAGUCCCAGGCUUGCCACCAUGUUUUAGAUUAGUAGCCCCAACUUAUGAUUUACCAAAACACGAGAAAUUAGAACAAACAUGUCUAAUGCCACACGGAAUAAGCUUAUUAUUUACAGAUUUCCAAUCAAAAAUAAAUAAUUUUAUAGUUGGAAAUAAACCAGAUUAUUUAAGAUCAGUAUCUGAAUAUUUAAAAAUGAUAGUUUUACCAGAUCCACCAAAAAUUAUUGCACGUCAAACAACAGAAAGCUUAAAUCAAUUUGAAUGGUUAAAUGAUGAAGAGUUUGGUAGACAAAGAGUACAAGGUUUAAAUGCUGGCCAAUUAGUAAAGCUAAAUCAAGAUAAAGUUGACAAGUUAAAUAUAUCACAUAAAUUACAACUCGAAAAGAUGAGACCAACAUUCAACAUGAUCCUCAAAGAAAAACUUAAUUUUGAUUUCGAAAGCGCUCUUAGUAAUGGUUACUUGUAUAUGGUAGACUAUGAAAUCUUUGAUACUGCCGACUAUAUCGAAGCUGCUAAAAAGAAAGGAAGAUAUGUUUGCUCGCCAUUAGCCCUCUUUUAUUUUAACACAAAUGAUGAAAAGCUAUAUCCAUUAUGCAUCAAAAUUUUACAAAAUGAUGAGAAUUCACCAGUUUUCACACCAGCCUCAUAUCCACCUGCAUCAUGGGUUUUCGCCAAAUUAUGGUUUCAAUCUGCAGAUGGCCAACAUAUGGAGUUUAUUACUCACCUCUAUGAAUGUCAUUUAUUAGGUGAAGUUUUUGCAAUUGCUACUCAUCGUCAACUAUCAACAUCUCAUCCAAUAUUCCAACUUUUACAUCCACACUUUAACCUUUUAUUAGAUAUCAACUUGAGAGCUAGAAGAAAUCUUUUAUCAAAAGAUGGUCCAAUCGAAUCAUUAUUAGGCGGAGGAAGUAUUGCUGCUUUAAAAUUAAUUGCAAAACAUCAUAAGGAAUACUUAUGGAGAGAAAAUACUUUUAUUGCUAGAUUAAAGAAAAAUGACCUUUAUAAUGAUGAUAAAAUGAAUAAAUAUUAUUAUAGAGAAGACGGUAUUUUUAUUCACAAAAAUCUUUAUAAAUUUGUUUAUAAUGUUUUGUCCAAAUUCUAUACUAGCGAUAUUGAAAUAGAACGUGACUUUGAACUACAUGCUUGGAUCGAGGAUAUAAGUAGUGAUUGGGGUGGCACACUUAAAGGUGUAGUCGAGGGUGAUAAAAUUAAAAAACUUGAAGAGAUUGUUCAAUUGGUUUCAGAUAUUAUAUUUAGAGUCACUGUAGAACACUCUAUUGGUAAUCACGGUCAAUGGGAUAUGUAUGGCUUCACCCCAAAUGUUCCUGGUGCUUUAUAUAUGGAUCCAACUAAAAUUACUGAAGGCAUUCCAACUACAUUCGAAAUGAUUUGUAAUGCUCUUCCACCCAAAAAAGAAACAAAAGAUCAAAUUGCAAUAACUCAUCUUUUAGCAAAUACUGAUACCGGUCUUCCAACCUUUUUAAAUACCGAAUAUAUUUUUGAAAGUGAUAUGGCUGUACCAAACUUUAAAGAAAUUACUCAAAAAUAUAAAUUAGAAAUGGAAAAACUUUCAAAAUCAAUUGAAGCAAGAAACAAUGUUGUAUAUAUGCCAUAUAGCUACAUGAACCCAAGUAAAGUAUGUGCAUCAAUCUAUAUUUAA